ACGGCUGCGCUCCCACAGAAGGAGACCAGAGCGCAUCAAGUCACUGCGACUCAUCAACCAAAAACAAAUCACGACCCAGCACCGAAGAAGACAUGCAGGCCACAAAGAACGGAAUCUGUUGGAGACUUUUUCUAUUUUCGUGCCUGUUUUUGGAGAGUUCAUCUCAAGACUUUGGCGGACAGACGCAGUUCAUUUGCACGUCCGUACCCAAGGAUAUGGACAUUUGCGCAGCCACUUUGCAGAACAGUGUGCCAGGAGAGGACUUGAAGACCACUGUUAUGCAGCUGCGGGAGACGGUUUUGCAGCAGAAAGAGACGAUCAUGAACCAGAAAGAGACUAUCAGAGAACUGACCUCAAAGUUGGCUCGGUGUGAGAGCCAGAGCGGCGCCGAGCCCGGGGGCAGGAGGAAAGAAGCUGGGACCAAAAACACAAUGGGGGAUGUAUCGAGGGGCCCCGCUGACACUUUGGCGCAACUAUCACAGACUUUACAGUCGCUGAAGCAGAGGCUAGAAAACCUGGAGCAAUUCAGCAGAAGUAACAACUCGGUGCAGGCGAACAGCCUCAAAGACCUGCUCCAAAGUAAAAUCGACGACCUGGAGAAGCAGGUGUUGUCCCGAGUGAACAGCAUCGAGGAGGGGAAGCCCGGACUUCGCAAUGAGACGGAGCAGCGUGGGAAAGUGGAGUCCACCCUCACAUCUCUACACCAGAGGAUCACCGACCUGGAGAAAGGUCAAAGAGAAAACAGGCCUCUGGAUAAAUUCCAGCUCACGUUCCCACUGAGAACCAACUACAUGUACGCAAAAGUGAAGAAGAGUUUGCCAGAGAUGUACGCCCUCACUGUGUGCAUGUGGCUGAAGUCCAACGCGUCUCCGGGAGUUGGCACGCCUUUCUCCUACGCAGUUCCAGGUCAAGCCAACGAGCUGGUCCUCAUAGAGUGGGGAAACAACCCAAUGGAGAUACUAAUAAAUGACAAGGUUGCUAAGCUGCCUUUCCUUAUCAAUGAUGGAAAGUGGCACCACAUCUGCAUAACCUGGACCACUCGUGAUGGUGUUUGGGAAGCUUUCCAAGAUGGCGUCAAGAGAGGGAGUGGAGAGAAUCUGGCUCCAUAUCAUCCUAUCAAACCACAGGGCCUGCUGAUCCUCGGUCAAGAGCAGGACAUGCUGGGAGGAGGAUUUGAUGCCACACAAGCGUUUGUGGGAGACCUGGCAAAUUUUCACAUCUGGGAUCGUAAACUAUCUGUCGGAGAGAUAUACAAUCUGGCGACGUGCAGCAGCAAGGCACAAGUGGGCAACGUUUUUGCAUGGAUGGAGACAAACCUUGAUAUUUACGGCGGUGCCUCAAAGUGGACAUUUGAAGCUUGUCGCCAGCUCAACUGAACGGCAGGGAAGAGAAUAUCAACACAUUUGUUAAAGCCACUCUGUUGUCACAGCAUCGGUAAACUAAUAUGAAAGAUCAGGAUUAGUUCAAUGAAUAGCAUCUGGAUUUGUUAUAGAUAUUUGAAAACAUCAUUUGUGGACACUUGAUAGAUUUUUUUACCAGAUACUCAUGUGGAACAGGUCACUGCAAAUGGACACUUUUGGCAUCCUGUGGUGCCCAAAUGCACCAUCAAGCCUAAUUGUGGUUUGAAAAAAAGCAGCCGGAGUCCCGCUGCAGACAGCAGAGGAUGCUCUCUGGAGACCAAAUUGUCCAGCCAGCAUCAAAAGUACAGUAGAAGGUCAUGUAGUUUUUAGCCAACAGAUGUCACGCAAUUCAACAAAAAAGACUGACUUCUUCAAACGUCUUUUCUGUCUCGACUGCCAGGGAUUUUCACUGUGAAAAAGGACAAGGUGGACUUCUUUAAAAGGAACGUGCUCUUCAAGGAGGUCAAGACAACAUUGUUUCUCUCUCACUAUUUGUUCUCUACCACCACCUUGCUUGACGUGAUUUUGUGUAAAGAAUGACUUAUUUAUUGCCAACAUUCGAGCCUUCGAGUGCCUUGGGCUGUUGAAAAAAAAAAAAAUCUCAGCACAUUCAUUAUGAUUUGCAGUGUUCGUUUAUUUUACUGUUAACUAAGUUUGAAAAGAGGUGUUUCUUGUAAGACUCUGAAUGGAAGUUGGAUCAGAGUCUUCACUGUAUAUGGAUCAGAUUGUUUAUUGUAAAAUGCAAUUCAUUAACGAUAAUGACGCAUUUUGCACUUCAAUUGGAAUGUUCUCUGUACAGUAACAGCAUGUCUUCUGUAAAUGCUGCGUCAGCAUCUAUGAUCUUUGCUUUUACUAUUGGACUUCUGGUUUGAGAUUUUAUACUGUAUUGUUAUAUGCUUAAAGCAUGGCAAGACGGAGAGAUGAAAAAAAUUAUAGUUUUUGUAAUAAAUUGUGAUAUUU